AUGGCAUCAUCCCCCGCCACUGACACCGACCAACAGACGGCUCGUCUGCCGACACGCGAAUACCUCCUGGCCGACAUGGCUGGCCGCUCGCGCCAGGAGAACCCCGUCUGCACGCCAUGCUUCCUGACGCUUCGCUCUGUCGACCAGCCCCACGUCAGGCUGGGCUCGCCAGCCGAGUGCCGCCUCUGUGCCGUGUCCGCCGGCAAGCCCGAGGCCUACACGAAGCCCUUCUGCGACUUCCUCACCGAGAACCCCACCAUCUUCCAUACCGUCGCCUACUUCAAGACGAAGCUCGCCGAUGCCGGCUUCCACGAGCUCUCCGCCCGCGCCAACUGGGCCGGCAAGCUCGAGCCCGGCGGCAAGUACUGGACCACGCGCAACGGCAGCGCCCUCAUCGCCUUCACCGUCGGCCAGAAGUACGAGCCCGGCAACGGCGUCGCCAUGAUCGCCGGCCACAUUGACGCCCUGACCGCGCGCCUCAAGCCCGUCAGCACCAAGCGCAACGCUGCCGGCUACGUCCAGCUCGGCGUCGCCCCCUACGCCGGCGGCCUCAACGCCACCUGGUGGGAUCGCGACCUCAGCAUCGGCGGCCGCGUCGUCGUCCGCGACCCCGACAGGGGCAAGACGUCCACCCGUCUCGUCAAGCUCGGCUGGCCCAUUGCCCGCAUCCCCACGCUCGCCCCGCACUUUGGUGUCGGCAUGAUGGGCCAGAACAACCCCGAGACCCAGGCCGUGCCCAUCAUCGGCCUCGACAACUCGGACCUCGGAGGCGCCGACACCUCGGAAGCGCCCGCCGGUCCGCCCGGCUCCUUCGCCGCCACCCAGCCCCCGAAGCUCGUCAAGCUCAUCGCCCGCGAGCUCCGCACCUCCGCCUCGGCCAUCCUCAACUGGGACCUCGAGCUCUACGACGCACAGCCCGCCCAGACCGGCGGCCUCGACCGCGAGUUCAUCUUUGCCGGCCGCGUCGACGACAAGCUCUGCAGCUGGGCCGCCUUUACGGCGCUGCUCGCCGCCGACGCCGCGCCCGACGACGGCACCAUCAAGCUCGUCGCCCUCUUCGACGACGAGGAGAUUGGCUCGCUGCUGCGCCAGGGCGCCCGCGGCAACUUCCUGCCCUCGACCGUCGAGCGCGCCGUCGAGGCCCUCGCCGCGAAGAGCCAGGCCCUCGCCGCAAGGGACCACCACGCCUUUGGCCCCGGCCUCGUCGCCCAGACGUACGCCGCCUCGUUCCUCCUCAGCGCCGACGUCACCCACGCCGGCAACCCCAACUUCCUCGCCUACUACCUCGACCAGCACGUGCCGCGCCUCAACGUCGGCCUCGUCAUCUGCGGCGACGCCAACGGCCACAUGACCACCGACGCCGUCUCGACCGCCAUCCUCCAGCGCAUCGGCGACCUCGCCGGCUGCCGCACCCAGACCUUCCAGAUCCGCAACGACACGCGCAGCGGCGGCACCGUCGGGCCCAUGCUCAGCAGCGCCCUCGGCGUGCGCGCCGCCGACGCCGGCCUGCCGCAGCUCAGCAUGCACAGCAUCCGCGCGACGACCGGCAGCCUCGACCCCGGUCUUGGCGUCAAGUUCUUCAAGGGCUUCCUCGACCACUGGGAGAAGGUCGAUGCCGAGUGGCAGUGA